GAAAAAUAUUUGAUGAAAACCGCUUGGUGUGCAACGUCAAAAAGGAGCACAGUGAGCCAUCUGUUGCCGAUAGAUAUUGGGGGCGACACACUUCCGCGUUGGCGAGUGGGUAGGUAGGAGGGGGGUUUCCAAGUGGAGCCCCCGCUAUCCGAGCUAACCUUGUUUUGCUUUCGCUCUGGACCAGAAACAAAACCUAUCGGCGCUCUCACUUUCCCUUUUCUACGAAAGCCCACAACCCAGUUGAAAUUCCACCCCCCAGCAGUGGUGCAUGUUAUUCUGACAGAAGCGUCCCAAACUUGACAGACUCAAGCGUGGCCGGAAGCAGCUUCACCUCACCUCAGAUUGCGCAAUCCUUCACUUGAGGAGAUCCCACAAUGCCUGUAGAUAGAAUGAGGAUGCGGCCAUGGCUGGAGGAACAGAUCAAUUCCUGCCAGAUACCAGGCCUCAAAUGGGUUAACAAAGAAAAAAGGAUCUUCCAGAUCCCUUGGAUGCAUGCUGCUCGCCACGGCUGGGACUUGGAGAAAGAUGCUCCUCUCUUCAUGAGAUGGGCCAUGCAUACUGGUAAGUACCAGCCAGGAAAAGACCGUCCAGAUCCAAAGACUUGGAAGGCAAAUUUCCGCUGUGCCAUGAACAGCCUGCCUGAUAUCGAGGAGGUGAAGGAUAAAAGCAACAAAAAAGGAACGAAUGCCUUCAGAGUCUAUAAGAUGCUGUCAUCUUCGGAGAGAAGUAUACGGAAAGGGAAGAAGAGGAGCAACAAAGAGAGUGGGCCCAAAGGAAUUAAAGAGGGAGCGUCUCCGUCUUUUGACAGCGCCCCUCUUCUCUUUCAUGUACAAGUUGACGACUUCAAACAAGAACGGCAGGAUGAAGUUGAGAUGCCCCACACAACCCAAGAUAUUUCUGGUGAAGAAGAACAUGUGAUUUCAAACGACCUCUUACCAUUUGUCUGCCAGACAAUUGAAGUGAAAACAGAGAAUGAAGAGGAGUCCGUGAGCUCCUCCCACUUGUACCCUUUUCAAAUCUCUCCUGUGUCUUCAUUUGGCGGGAGUGACACAGACAGCGACAUUGAGGACACCCAACAGGGUGUCAAUCCAGCCUGGAGGCUGGAUCAUGGCAGGUCAGUUCUGAGGUUGUCUCCCUCUUCCCUACCUGGCAUGGCCACCUUCGUUAGAGGGAGCAAGCCUUGCUGCAGAAUCACCACCACGCGAGACCCCGACCCGCUCAUCAGCUAUCACCCCGACGGCUGGCCAACGCCCUACAGCCAGAACUCCCUCACGUCUUCCAUACCCAGCCACACUCACGAGAUGCGGGCCAGUGUAAUUAUGAAAACCUCAGAUGUCACCUCCUCCUAACCUCAAGACGACAAGUUCCUACUUUUAUUUAAGUCAGACAUUACCAAGCAGCGAUUGUUGGGCCAUCAUUGAUUGGCGAGCACAUUGCCGCGUUUCUGCAUCUUUGCCACAAAGAUGCCCUGUUUGAAUUCGUCUUCUGCCAUUCUCUGCAAAUGCACUGCUGACAUUCAAGACAAUACACAGGCAUUUUGGUUUACUUGGCAUCAUAACCAUUGGAGCUGCGUGGACGCGCGUCUUUCAUGUAGGGAGGUGGCUGGAAGUCAGUGUAUUAAUUACAGUUACAAUAAUUAUGAUCAUAAUUACCUUUUGAAUGCAUUAUUUGCAAACAUUUUGAAUGUCAUUCUUUACUACAGCCUUUUUGACACUUUGAGCUCGAGAUCCAAAUGAGAAAAUAUUUCUCGCGGCUCCUAAAAAUCUGAAUUUAAUAUUGAUGCAUUGACGAUAAAUAAAACAACAGAUUAGAAGAAGACAACAGAACAACAUAUUCCAGCAAACAUGAAUCAAAAAGCAUUUGCUGAAGUUGACAGUCUUUGUCUUACACACACAAAGGUAACCUCAAAUCUUUUUUAGGUCCCUACCCUGAAUUUGGGAUUGGCUGUAGGAUUGUGAAAUCUCUGAUUGGCAGCGACCUAUGCGCUUACCAAAACAUGACGCAUCAAAUUUAAAUUCUGUGUGACUCAACCCAUUGCUUCAUGAACGUUGUUAGUCGGCGGUAGAAUAAUCGACUCUAAACAAGUGCGAUUUAAAACAGCAGUUUGGUGGCAGUAUGCAGCACGCAUAGAACCAGUUUGACGAGCUUGUAUUCAUUCCUCCAGUUCAUACCUGUCAUAAGAUAUGCCUUCGUAUAGCACAAUUCAUAUCUUUUCAAUACAGCAGUUCUGCCAUGGCGACUCCCCACAGAAAGGUUUUAAAAUUACCAAGCAAGCUGAAUAUGAAUUGUAGCAAUUAUAUAUAAAUAUAAAUAAAACUUACUUCAUCGUGUAAAUCCAAUUUCAUAGAUAUGCAAAGCACUGUGCUGUUCUUUUGAUUGAAAGCACGUUAAGUUGUUUAAUGACCACUGUGAACAGCAGCAAACUGCACGCAGAGCCUGUUCAAGCGUUCAUGUGAACGCCUGUCUGUUGUUUUAGGAUGCACUUGAAGUGUUUUGAAACCUCUCAAUUUUACUUAAUGUGAAGGAAAAAAAACCCUUUUGUUUUUAUGAAGACACAACCAAAAACUCACUUUGUUCAAAUGCUUUGUACUGCAAGUUUUAACUGCAAUGUCAUCAAAGUAUUGCGUGGUUGUUCAUAGUUGCUGUUGUGCAAAAUAUGCUAGAAAGAAAUUAAUUCAGGGAAUAUAAUCUGUCACAACUUUUUGUAUUGCUACCCAGAUGCCGUGCAAAAUUUGUUCCAUGUAUGUGGGCCUACUCGCACUUGGGAAUCAUACCAUGCUUGCAAUGUAGACGGUCUUUUACGUACGGAUUUACUCAUACAGGUGCACUCAAAGUUAUUCAAACGCCGUUGCAAAAGGUUACAAACGUACAAUAGUUUGUAAAGAACCAAUGAAAAAAAA